AUGUACCAGCAGCACUCUGACUUUCACAACAUGAUGGCGCCACUGCCCUUCGCGUCGUCGGCGCCGACGCCGCAGUAUACGCGGCCGUCCAUCGACCUCCACUGCAUGCAAUCGACGAUCGAUGCGCUGCUCGAGUCGGACAUUCAUGACACACCGCGCAUCUCGUCGUCCGCGGUGGCGCCGUACCAUACCGACACGAUCGCGUUCCUCGCGUCGCAUCCGCCAGUGCUCAAGCCGUCAAUCUCGGCCGCCAUGAAGGCGUCGUACCACGAAGCGGUCACGUCCCAAGCCAAGUCGGGUGAGUUCAUCCCUGACGACGCGCGCUGCAAGUACAAGACGGGUCGGUGCCCGCUCAAGCGCGCGACGAAGCGGUCGGGCCGGCCCCUCCUUCUGUGCGAGUACCACCGCAUCAAGCAGAACAGCAUCAAGCGCAAGAGUGACACCAAGUACCGUCAGAACCGCAAGCUCGCGCGGGCACAGAAGAAGAUGCACGGCGAUCUCGGGAGCCCGUCGGGGUCGAGCGACAGCGGGACGCCCACGGCGAGCCUCGAAGGCGACGACAUUGAACUGCUCUCUUACUUUAUCUUAUAA